GAGUGAAGGAGAAAAGUAGGCACUCCUUCAAGAAACGACACGCAUUCCAGAUCUCCAGCUCCGGCGGCGCCGGACUCCUUCGCCGUUGCGGCAGAGUGGACUGUUGCUGGGUCUGAGGUAAAAUGGAGGGUGGUGAAGGAAGCAUCAGUAAUGAAGGGCGGUUUUCGGUGUUAAAGGAUGAUUCGUGGUUUAGCCAAUUCCGCAAUGCCUCCAAUCCUUGGAUGGCCAGAUAUGUAUAUGCAUUGAUGUUUCUUGCUUCAAAUUUGCUAGCAUGGGCUGUCCGAGAUUAUGGAAGGAAAGCCUUCCGGGAUAUGGAAAACCUGACAAACUGCAAAGGUGGCCAUGCCUGUUUAGGUGCAGAUGGAGUCCUAAGGGCCAGUAUGGGAUGCUUUGCAUUUUACAUUAUAAUGUUUAUUUCCACCACUGGAACCUCGAAGUUGAAUAAGUGCAGAGAUUCAUGGCAUUCUGGAUGGUGGUCCGUAAAGAUUGGCCUGUGGGUUAUUUUGUCUUUUAUCUCCUUUCUGGUUCCUUCUCCAAUAGUUCAUAUAUAUGGGGGUAUUGCACAUUUUGGUGCCGGGGUAUUUCUCCUAGUUCAGCUAGUAAGCAUAAUCAAUUUCAUAACAUGGCUGAAUGAUUGUUGUCAUUCUGAUAAAAAUGCCAAAAGUUGCCACAUCCACGUGAUCUUAUUGGCAACUUCAGCUUAUGUUAUAUGCAUUGUGGGGAUCAUUUUGAUGUACAUCUGGUAUGUAGCAGAUUCAUCAUGCCUGCUGAACAUUUUCUUCAUCUCAUGGACUUUGGUACUUCUCCAGCUCAUGACCAGUAUCUCCCUCCACCCUAAAGUGAAUGCUCACUUCUUGACUUCCGGACUCAUGGGGCUUUAUGUGGUAUUCCUUUGCUGGUGUGCCAUUCGAAGUGAACCAGCGGAGCAAAGAUGCAACAGGAAGGCAGAGGCAUCAAGUGGGAAAGACUGGCUUACCAUCAUAAGCUUUGUUGUUGCCCUCCUUACAAUGGUUAUUGCUACAUUUUCCACAGGCAUUGAUUCUCAAUGCUUUCAGUCCUGGAAAAAAGAUGUUCCUACUGAAGAUGAUGUACCAUAUGGUUAUGGCUUCUUCCACUUCGUUUUUGCCACUGGAGCAAUGUACUUCGCAAUGCUAUUGAUUGGCUGGAAUACUCAUCAUACUAUUAAAAAAUGGACAAUUGAUGAGGGAUGGACCAGUGCUUGGGUCAGGAUAGUGAACGAAUGGUUGGCAGUCUGUGUUUACAUAUGGAUGGUGCUGGCUCCAAUUAUGUUGAGGAGCAGACAAGCAACAGAUGAACCUGCAAUAUAGAUAUCUUCUUAAAGGUGUUGGCAAAACUUUGCAAAAGCUCCAAUCAUCCUCAGAUCAGUAACAGAGGCAGGAUUGAAGAAUAUGUAUAUAAGACGUGAAUUCGGGGCAAGACUCACAUUCUUGGAUCAGGUUCUUUCUUGAUGAAGCACACAGUGCAUAUUGAAUUUCAGUUCUAGGUUAUAGGGGAACCAGGAAAAUACAAAUUUACUGCAAUUGGUUAAGAAAUGCCAAUUGAUAGUUGUAAAUGUGCAGUUAAAAGGAAGAUACGUGCAUUACUUUCUUCCCGUGGAUUCAAUAUUUUAGGAAUUCUCAUUAAUUUGUUUUUUUAAUUUUUCUAUUUUCAAAUUAUAGUUAAAGAAUUUGCGCCAUUUUUAGGAUCAG